GUUAUGGACAUUGGCUUAGCGAACGAAAAGGCCGGCCAGGAACUGUCCUCCUAUUCGGGGACUUUUCAACCCGCCCCGGGCAACAAGACUGUCACCUACCUGGGGAAAUUCGCUUUCGACUCGCCCUCCAACUGGUGCCAGGACAACAUCAUCAGCCUGAUGAGCGCGGGCAUCCUGGGGGUGCCGCCAUCCUCGGGCGCGCUCACCAGCACGCAGAGCUCGGCGGGCAGCAUGGGGCCGCCGCAGGGCGAGGUGGACCAGAUGUACCCCGCGCUGCCGCCCUACUCCUCCUGCAGUGACCUCUACCCGGAGCCCGUCUCCUUCCACGACCCCCAGAGCAACCCCGGCCUCACCUACUCCCCCCAGGAUUACCAGGCGGCCAAGCCCGCCUUGGACAGCAACCUCUUCCCCAUGAUCCCAGACUAUAACCUCUACCACCACCCCAACGACAUGGGCACCAUCACGGAGCACAAACCCUUCCAGAGCUUGGACCCCAUCCGCGUCAACCCGCCCCCCAUCACCCCGCUGGAGACCAUCAAGGCCUUCAAGGACAAGCAGAUCCACCCGGGUUUCGGGGCCCUGCCGCAGCCGCCCCUCACGCUCAAGCCCAUCCGACCCCGCAAGUAUCCCAACCGGCCCAGCAAGACGCCGCUCCACGAGCGGCCCCACGCCUGCCCCGCCGAGGGCUGCGACCGUCGCUUCUCCCGUUCCGACGACCGCAGCGACCACCUCACCACCCACAUCCGCACCCACACCGGCGAGAAACGCGAGUUCUGCGGCCUUGGGGAUGGUGAAGAAGAGGAGUUGCCUGUCGCAGAAGGGACGGUUGGCUGGAUGGAUUUCUGCCUGCUAGCAAGGGAAGAGGAGAGCGCGGAGAGGUGGCAGGCAUAG